AUGACAAAUAAUAAUAACAAUAAUAUUGUAAAAGUUUUAAUUGCAAUUAGUUUGACUUUGAUUGCUCUGACAUUGGCUACGGUCAGUGCAUCAUCGUUCUAUAUUGAGGGUAACAGUUUCUUAAAGGAUGGCGAGUCAUUCCAGAUCAUAUCCGGUUCUUUCCACUAUUUUAGAUCACAUCCACUUCUUUGGCGUGAUCGUCUGCAAAAGAUGAAGGCUGCUGGUUUGAACACCGUGCAGACUUACAUUGCUUGGAACGUUCAUCAGUCGAUCGAUAUGCAAUUCGACUUUACCACCUACAACAUCACUCAGUUCUUUGAGAUCGCUCAGGAGGAAGGUUUGUUGGUGGUGGUCCGUGCUGGGCCAUACAUCUGUGGAGAAUGGGAGUACGGUGGAUUCCCUGCUUUCAUCGAUCAAACCGUUGCUAUUCGUAGUAGCGAUCCUGCCUACUUGACCUAUGUCACUCAAUAUUUCAAUGUUCUGCUUCCAAUGUUGAACGAACAGCUCUAUACCAACGGUGGACCAAUCAUCAUGGUACAGGUAGAGAAUGAAUACGGAAGUUACGGAUCGGACAAGCUCUAUCUCAACACACUUUUGUCACUCUAUGAAAAAUACUUUGGAACUGCUCGUGGUCAAGAAUCCGGUGUCGUUUUCUACAGUACCGAUGGAUCCGGUGAUCUCUAUCUCUAUGGCUCACAGAUUGCGGGUGUCUACCAAACCAUUGACUUUGGUCCAACCGACGACCCCGAAUCCAAUUUCAAAAUACAAAGAAAAUUUGAACCAACCGGUCCACUCAUGAACUCUGAGUACUACACUGGUUGGCUAACUCACUGGUUGGACAGUAGUCCAGCUGGUGCCGACACCAAGUCUGUCGCCGACGGAUUGUCAGCCAUUCUCAAGCUUGGUGCAAGUGUCAACAUGUACAUGUUCUACGGUGGUUCCAACUUUGGAUUUAUGAAUGGUGCAAACAGUGGCGGUGCAAACGACUAUGAAAUCACAAUCCAAUCGUACGACUAUGAUUCCCCACUCAACGAAGCCGGUGACAUCACCAACAAAUACUUGGCCAUUCGUCAGGUCAUCUCCGAAGCAACCGGCGGUAAAGUCGGACCAAUUCCAGCGAACAACACUCAUAUUGCAUACGGAACAGUCGAGUUCACCGAAGCUGCAUCACUCUUCUCCAAUCUCAACAUCGCUCAAAACGUGAUUGCCAACUCGGGAAAACCACUGACAUUCAGUGAAGCCGGAUUGGACUAUGGAUUCAUCCUCUAUGAAACGACAAUCAAUACCGUUUACCAAUCGAAUCAACUCGAUGCCAUGGCAGUCAACGACCGUGCCACUUUCUAUGUGAACGACAUCUACCAAGGUUUCCUACAACGUACAUUCAACAGCUCGAUCAAAGUGGAAUUCCAAGACGGUGAUACCAACACCAUCAGAAUUCUCUUGGAGAAUCAAGGUAGAAUCAACUACGGUAGUUACAUGGACGACCAAAAGGGUUUGGGCGACGGUGUUAUUUCCUACUUCCAAUACUUAGGUCCAUGGAACAAUUAUUUACUUCCAUUGAGAUCGUUGGACGGUUUGGAGUACACUCCACUCUCACAAUACAGAAAUUCAUCGCAACCAACAUUCUACCGUGGAUAUCUCAACAUUGCUAGUGCCAGUGAUAUCGGUGAGACCUAUCUAUCAUUCGAAGGAUUGGGUAAAGGAAAUCUCUGGGUCAAUGGAUUCGACGUAGGUCGUUACUGGAAUGUUGGACCACAAUACACAAUGUACAUACCAUCGGUCUUACUCCAAGUAGGUCAAAAUGAAAUCGUAAUUUUCGAAACAUUACUCCAGAAACCAGUUCAAUCUAUACAAUUAAUUGAUCAACCAUUCUUUAAUUAA